AUUACCAGUUUUCACUUGAACAAAAUAUCAGCUCUUUGUAUAGUUAUCGAUAAAUACUACCGAAAAUGGCGAAAGCAGCUGAAGAGAUCCAAAGGCAAUUUCAAAAAGAGAUGGACGCUUUUAAAGCGAAUCAAGUGGAUUCUCGUAAAUGCCUAACUGCCAGGCAACAGUUAGAAGCCCAGCUCACCGAAAAUAAAAUGGUUAUGGAAGAAAUGAAAUUGUUGGACGAAGAUGCUUCUCUAUUUAAAAUGAUCGGUCCUAUCCUUGUUAAGCAAGAUUUUAUUGAGGCGAAACAAAAUGUUGAUAAACGUAUAGAAUAUAUUACUAGAGAAAUCUCACGACAGGAAACUUCAAUGAAAGAUUUGCAAGAAAAGCAGGAUAAAAUGAAGGAGACUCUUACUAAAUUGCAGAGUCAAAUGCAGCAGUUUGCUGCAGCUCGUUGAAAUUUUGUUUGCCAGAACGACUAUGACAGGGGAGGAGAGGAUGAAAUUCGCACUAUAGCUGGUAUUUAUCAACGAAAAGAAUUUUAAUUUGAAUUGAUUCAAUGGUUACUAUUGGAAUGGCGUCAGCAAGAAGAGAAUGAUAAUAUCCAAGCGGUAUUCAGGUGAAAUGUCUACUAUAAAAGAUUAAAGCUUCAAAUUGGCCGGCAAACUUUCUAGAUCUGAAGAUUAUAGAAUAUGUCUGGGGACACCUAAACACGACUUAUUUAUAGCGUUGUCAGACAAUUGAGGUCUAUAUGAGAACUAAACAUUAUACAAAAUAUUUUAAAUAAAAAUAAGAU